AUGCCCAAACUUUUAAUUCUUUUUAAAAAUUUCUUAUUUAUAUAUUUUUUUAACUUUUCAUUAUACCUUCAAAAUGGGAAUUUUCUAAAUAUUAUACAUUAUGAAAUAUAUAAUUUUAACAAGGUUUCUACUUUAAUUAUGAAACGAACACUGAAUGAAAUGUUAAGGUAUAAUAAUAGGUCACAAUUAAAGGUCUCACAAAUAAAUAAUAAUAUAGAUGAUUAUGAAGAAAAUAAAAUUAGUUCAUCUCAAACAGGAUUGAUUAGGACCUCGAAAAAAAAAUCAAAUAAUAAUAAAUCAAAAAAUACUAAAAAUUAUAUUAUAACUAAAAACGAGGAAACAUUGGAAGACUUGCUAAAAGAAUAUGAUGACGAAAUGAGAGAAAUAAAUAAUAAUAAUAAUAAUAAUAAUAAAACAUUUUUUAAAAAAGCAAAACAUGUAUUGGAAGCCUUUGAUAAUAUUUUUAUAGACAAGGUAAUAGAUUCAAAUAUUUUUAUAGACAAGGUAAUAAAUUCAAAUAUACAGAAUAAACAAUCAGAUUUAAAAGAAGAUGUAAUGGCUAACGCUGUAAUACUUUGUGGUUCUCCAAUUUUAGCUAUACCAAUACUUUCAUAUUUUUGUAAGCGAAUUAAUUUUUUUCAUUCAAUACUUUCAUAUUUUUGUAAGCGAAUUAAUUUUUUUCAUUCACCCCAAUAA